CACAGGUCUGCGUGUCCUUGGGCUGAGAGCAGGAUAUCCAGCUUCUCAGGGCCAACCUUUCGGGCGCAGAGAACUACCAGUGUGAACUUCAAAAAUGGGUGAUGUUGAGAAAGGCAAGAAGAUUUUUGUUCAGAAGUGUGCCCAGUGUCAUACCGUGGAAAGAAGAGGCAAGCACAAGUCCGGACCCAAUCUCCAUGGUCUGUUUGGGCAGAAGACCGGGCAAGCGGUCAGCUUCUCUUACACAGAUAUCAACAAGAACACGGGCAUCACCUGGGAGGAGGACACUAUGAUGGAAUACCUGGAGAAUCCCAAGAAGUACAUCCCGGGCACCAAGAUGAUCUUCGCCAGCAUUAAGAAGAAUGAGAGGGCAGACCUGAUAGCUUAUCUCAAAAAAAGCCACCAAUGAGUAAUGCUUGGCCCCUGCCUUAUUUAUUACAAAACAGAAAUGUCUCAUGACUUUUUUAACGUCCACCAUAAUUUAAUUCUCCUAUACCAGAAUUCAGAUCAUGAACAGCUGACAGAAUAUUUUUGUUCGGCAGUCCUGAUUUUAAAUAAGAUUGCUUUGUGUGGUUAAAUAAAAAGUGAUUGGGUUUGUUGAGAUGUGGGUGGUAAUUUCCAGUUCAGUCAACAUUCUCCCCAUUUUCCCCUUUUAAAAGGACAGGAUUGGACUAGACUCACGUUCCACUUUUCACAAAAUCUCAAAACCCGUUAGGAGGUUGGGUUUAUAUUUGAAUACCAGGAAAAGCACUCAGAACCAAGUAGGACUCAACCCACCUUCUGGUUUGUGUUCUUUACCUGCUAAAAGCAAGAGCCGAGGGUGGACAAAAGUGUCUGCUUUGUAUUUCUGCUCUUACCUGUGUCGACCUAAUAAGAAAUAUUCCCUGUAUCUAAACUGCUGCAUUACUGAAAGGCAAGUUAGUGUGGUUGCUGUGUGCCAGAGAAUAUUUACCUCUUUUCACAUUUGAUUGCUGGUCUUUAAGAUCAGGUGCUUGGAAAGCUAGCAUGACCAGAUAGAGUAAGAAGUGAAACGUGACUUUUGGAUUCUUUACCACCCUAGACUAACUUAGAAUUGAGGAUUGUCUAGAAGCAGCUACUUGGAGACAUUACAUUAGGGAACUGCUGUACAUCAGUCUUUAGUAAACGGUGCUUUUGCCAACUCAUUGGUGGGACUGAGGUGCAGGACACAGGCCAUCAGCACAAAAUUUUAACUUAUGUCGUCAUAAGACUUCAUUAAAAAACAAUUGUAGACUCUGAAAAAAACAA